AUGCCGGCUCAUCAACCUUCAAGCAGUCGCCACCGCCACCGCGCACGCCAGCUCUCCACACAUUCAGCCAGCCUGCGUCCGUUCUUCGCCUCGACCCCGGUGGUCUCGGAGACUCCUCCUGCGCUGGCGACUGGAACAGCGGCAGACUCCCUGAACGAUCCAACCCCACCUUCUUCAAGCACGGUUCUGACUCGCCUGGCGACCAGUCGACGCCCGACGAGCUCAGCGACCACUUCCCUCAGUUCCUCCUCUCUCUCUAGCACCUUGACGGUGUCCGCCUCCUCGACCACCGCCACCCUCGCGCCGUCCUCCACUCCCUCGCUCUCGUCAACGCUACUGCCGCGGACGACUACUCCGACCCAGUCAAGCUCGUCGACCGUCCGCUUCUCUUCUUCCCUCGCAACGAUCUCAACUCCGUCCGGACCUUCGCCCUCGACACUCUCGACUGCCUCUUCAACCAGCCAACCCUCGUCACAGUCCCCAACCCCGAGCCCUCCGACGCAGACGACAAGCAGCCAAGCCCCCGCAGCGACCGCAGCAGACGCCGCCGCCCUUCCAGGUCGCUCGCUCGCCGUCCUACCUAUCGGCCUGUCGAUCCUGGGCUCGCUUCUCUUCGUCGCUCUCCUCGUCGUCGCCUACAUGCUCUACGAACGCCGUCGCUACCGCGCCCAAUACGCCGCGCGCCAACAACGCCAAGCCGAGCUGGCUGCAGCAGCCGAACGCGCGUACGGGUCUUCGAGGUUCACGCUUGAGACGGUCGAGGGGGCAGGACAGGGAGGGGCGAGGGAGAUGGGGAUGGUGGAGGGGUAUCAGGAGCGCUUGAGCGGGAGUGGUGGAGGGUCGGGGUUGAGGAGGGAGUAUAGGUUGUGA